CUUCACUCUGUCACGAGCGGGUGGCGCGCGGCCGGGGAUCCGGCUCCGGCUAGGGCUGCGGGCCCCGUGCGGGGCGCGGGGGUCGGGGGGCGCCAUGGUGCUGAGCCCGGUGAUCGGGAAGCUGCUGCACAAGCGCGUGGUGCUGGCCAGCGCCUCCCCGCGCCGCCGGGAGAUCCUCAGCCACGCGGGUCUCAGGUUCGAAGUGGUUCCUUCCAGGUUCAAAGAGAAGCUUGAUAAAGCGUCCUUCCCCACGCCUUAUGCCUACGCCAUCGAAACAGCCAAGCAGAAGGCCCUGGAGGUGGCCAGCAGGAUGCAUCAGAAGGACCUCCGGGCCCCGGACAUUGUCAUCGGAGCGGACACCAUCGUGACGGUCGGGGGGCUCAUUCUGGAGAAGCCAGUGGACAAGCAAGACGCAUACAGGAUGCUCUCCAGGUUGAACGGGAAAGAGCACAGCGUGUUCACGGGCGUCGCCAUCGUCCACUGUUGCACCAAAGAUGGCCAGCUGGACAUGGAGGUAUCCGAGUUCCACGAGGAGACCACAGUGAAAUUCUCCGAGCUGUCCGAGGAGCUCCUGUGGGAUUACAUCGACAGUGGGGAGCCCAUGGACAAGGCCGGUGGCUAUGGGAUCCAGGCGCUGGGCGGCAUGCUGGUGGAGUACGUCCGCGGAGACUUCCUCAACGUCGUGGGCUUCCCCCUGAACCGCUUCUGCAAGAAGCUGGUGGAGCUGUACUACCCGCCCCGCCGCGAGGACGUGCAGCGGGUCAAGCACGACUCCAUCCCUCCUGUCGACACCUUCGAGAACCUGAGCGACGUGGAAGGGGGCAGCUCAGACCCUGCUCAGGGCAACGACGGUGGUGGCCACGGAAGGACAGAGGCGGGCGGUGACACAGCACAGGCUUCUGCUGGCACACGGGGAGCACACUCUAACGGGAUGGUGGAGACCCCGCCCCCAUUCCCAGUGGGCCUUCUAGAACUCAUAGACGGCUUUAAAGCUUCGAAGGCCCUGUUCACGGCUUGCAAGCUGAAGGUGUUUGAUGUUCUAAAAGAUGAAGCCCCGUUGAAGGCCGUGGAUGUUGCAGGCAAAAUUGAUGCCUCUGUGUGUGGAACCGAACGGCUCCUGGAUGUCUGUGUGGCCCUGGGAUUACUGGAGAAGACAGACAGAGGUUACCGCAACACGGAGCUGGCAGAUCUGCACCUGGCUUCGGACGGCGCGUAUUCUCUGCACGGCUUGGCCAUGCACAACAACGACCACUUCUGGAACCUGUUCGCAGACCUGGAGCUCGCCGUGCGGGAGGGAGCCGACGCGGCUUUCGGCAGGAAGACGGCAGACCCCGUUCAGGUACCGUUGUACAUCCUGUCCAGAAUUCUGCACGACUGGCCGGACCACAAAGUGCAGGAGUUGCUGAGCCGCGUCUCAAGCAGCUGCAAGCCAGGCGGUGGCAUCUUGGUGGCUGAGAUGGUCCUGGAGGAGAACCCAGCAGCGCGGGGCAGCCUGCCCGCGUCCUUGAACCUGCUGGUGCGGACGCAGGGGAGGGAGCGCAGCCUGCCCGAGUACCGCAGGCUGCUGGAGCAACACGGCUUCUCCGACGUGCAGCUGGCGCACGCGGGGGACAGGCUGGACGUGAUCCUGGGCACCAGAGCCUCGCCACCCUGAGCCCGCCGGCAUCAGACGCUACUCUCUCAGGAGGCUGAUGGGGUCCCCGUCCCCAGCGUUUGCCGCCGGUGCAACGAUGACUGACAGCAGCUCGCCAGCCAUGUAACCAAACGGAUUAAAGCAGCAAAAUGCA